UCCAUUUUGCCCUCGACUGCACUGCAAUCCGCAUGGUUAUCCUACUUCCCGAACUUGUGCUUGUUUGCAACUCAAUAUUCCCGCCUGCUCCGCCAAUUCAACGCGCAAUUCAUAUUUGCCAUGUGACCAAGUCUGAUCAUGUGGUCGUUCCAAUGGCGUCAUCUCGUCUUCUUCAGCAUUUGUAACCAUCCCUACCAUUGCAUUUUCCACUCACAAUGACUACUCUCAAUGGCUGGCACAAAGGUGAACUCGCACUUCAGCAGAAACUAGGAUUCCAUGAAGCCGUAUCCCAAACCUGGACCGAAAUUGACGGAGAGAUGCCUGAGCAGCACCGAAUCUUCUACUCGACACGCCUCCCAUUUAUUCCUGUCACCACUCUCGACUCGAUGGGUCGUCCUUGGUCUUCAGUACUUGCAGGUCCAAAUGGAGAGAUCGGGUGGGCUUCUAGCGAGACCUAUGACCAAUUGUCGAUGCGGGCAGAGGUCUGGGACGGUGAUCCGCUCAAGGCGAAUGUAGGCUAUCAUGCUGAGAGUGCAAAUGAGAUGCCGAGAGAGAUGUUGAUUGCUGGUAUCGGCGUAGAGUUCUCCACGAGGCGCAGGAACAAGUUCGCAGGGUCGGUCAGCUCUAUUGAACAGCAAGGGACUUUGUUCAAUAUACGUACAACUGUUAACGAAGCUUUUGGAAACUGCCCGAAAUAUAUCACGAUCCGCAAUCUUGUUCCAUUUCCACAUGCGAAACCUCGAGUUACUCAUCAAGAAAUCAACCUAUCCCCAACUGGCCGUCUCCCCUUAGAUCUCAUCUCCUUCGUCCUUUCAUCCGACACCACAUUUCUAGGUUCAUCAUACUCGGCCUCUGGGGAAGAUGCCCCGAGGUUUCCAUCUCACCUCGGCAUGAAUCAUCGCGGCGGGAGACCUGGUUUUGUUCGCGUACGCAACGACGGGCGUACUCUCGUCUUGCCUGAUUACUCAGGCAACCGAUUAAUGUCAUCGCUCGGAAAUAUCGAAGUAACACCUCUUGCUUCUCUGACAUUCCCAUCAUUCACGGACGGCUCACUCUUAUAUGUUACCGGCGUCGCUCAUAACCUCGUUGGCGCUCCUGCUCAAGAAAUCAUGCCUUCACAGAAUGCCCUCACUACGAUUGAAAUAACGGGUUACAUUUUUAUCGAGGACGCAUUGCCCGUCCGUCAACACGAAGGCACAGAGCCGCAAAGGAGUAUAUACGCACCCCCUGUGAAGCUGCUCAAAGAAGAACAAAAUUCUUCAACAUACUUCAGCACCGAAGACGUCGUACACGUCGCGCUGUCCCGCAUUGAACUUCACUCUUCCGAUCUAGCCACAUUCACAUUUGAAUAUCCUCACAAGCUUGAUAUCAUCCCUGGCCAAGCUGCCAUCCUUGAUUUCACCUCUUUUCUAGGUGCAAUGCCAUACAGGCACAUGUCAGCCGAUAACCCGAAUUCAUUGAACGACGAUCGUAUCAGGACGUGGACCAUUUCGCGAUGUAGCUCGUGGGCUGCUGUUGAGGAUGGGGGAGGCACAGCAUUUUCCUUGACAAUGCGCCUGAAGCCCGGUGGGGCCGUUACUGAGGCACUAUUUAACAUUGCCAACAAACUCGCAGCGCUCCGCCCUGAAUCUCUUGAGGACUCACGUCCGCUCGGGCUGAGUGUCAAGCUGGUCGGAAUAGCAGGAGACUUCACCCUCGAGCCCCCAGGCCCUGGUGAGGGCGCUAAAGUUGCUAUUGCAUGCGAGGAAGAACAGGCAUCUGUAUGCAAGAAUGCGCCAAGGAAACUCCUUUGGAUAGCCGGCGGGAUUGGAAUAACGCCUUUCCUCGCUAUGCUCUCUGGCAUGUCCUCGUGCUCCACGGAGUAUGAAAUCACCCUUUUGUUGUCCACGCGCGAGCCAGAUGUGAUGCUCUCUCUUCUUUCCAAUGCCGUCAAACUGGCUCCGCGCGAAAUCAAAUUGAUCGUUCAUGUCUUCUCGCGCACUGAACAAUUCGAAAGCUCCUUGCCCGCUUCAGCGUCGCUUCAUCGUCAUUCUGGACGGAUCACUUCUUCGAUUCUUUCCAACUUCACAGUUGAAUCUCAAGAUGGUGUGUAUGUUUGUGGCCCGGAAGGAUUUGAGCGAGAGGUUAUGCAGGGUGUGGUUGGGAAGGUGAAAAGGGAGGGGUUUGCUUACUGAUGUGUAACAAGGUUAGACGUAUGUAUCUUGACUAUACUUCAUGACGUAGGGAAGUUCUCCACAUGAACGUAUCAACCGCACGACCAGAGAUAUCUUUAUGCGCAAUCACAAUAGUGUUCAACGAGGGCCCGCCUGAAUGGC